UUUAUUGGGUUCUGAGAAUGGCACGGUUGUAAGCGCUGCUUUGGAAAAUAAGCAAACGAUGGAAGUUAUUGCUUGCAAUAGACACGUUGGCGGCGUUAGUCUGUUCCUCUUCCUAUUCCUCUUCUUCCUGUGGUGCACACUUUUUAACGCUAAUGCUCAACCAGAGGGGUUUUUGAGUAUUGAUUGUGGUGGAGAAGAAAGUUACACUGAUCCGAACACCACUAUUACUUGGGUUCCUGAUGACAACUUCAUACAAAACCUUGGCGAGAAAGCAGAAUCAUACUACAAGGACCAUUAUGAUUUAGAUUUAUAUUUGGGAAGUCUCCGAGUGUUUCCCAAGCCUCUUAAUAAGUCUUGCUAUACAUUGCCCCUCACUCCGAAUGUGCCCCACCUUUUGAGACUAUGGUUUGUCGAUGCUAAUUCCACAAGAUCUGCAGUGUUCAAUUACUCUGUCGAGACCCUCGAUAUGUUAUACAUGGAAAACAUGGUACUUUACUAUUGCGUGGCAUGUGCCACAGAGACCAUUUUGGUGAGUGCAGAUAGUUUGGUGCAUAUUUGCUUGAUCCGAACCUCAGAGUGCGAUGAUCCAGUUAUCUCGGCUAUCGAGUUGAGACUUCUUAAGCCAGGCAUGUAUGAUAUGGCUAAAUCAGGAACCAUCUUGAGUUUGAUAGAAAGAGAUGAUAUGAGAGGUGGCGACAAUAUAACCAGGUAUCCUCAAGACCGAUUCGAUCGUUGGUGGUAUCCUUGGUGGCCUGAGGGAACUAAUUUGGUGAAUAUUUCCAAAUCAAUUUCAGUUAAAAACACCAAAAAUAUUCCUCCACUUGAUGUAAUGCAGACCGCCGUCGUCAGCAACACAAGCCACUCUGGCGGCGUAUAUUUGAGCCUCGAAGAAUCCAAGACGACUCGAAAAGCCGUAGUGAUAUUGUAUUUUGCAAAGCUUAAUUCAUCGGAAAGCAGUUCAAUCUCAGUUGGAAUUAAUAACGUCAUCCGGAACCCACCAAUUAAUCUGGUGGAAGAUUUUUCGGCCAUAGAGGUAGCCUUCCAAUAUAAUCCCAACAAUCGUGCAAGGAGAGGUACAAUCGUGAGCCUACAAUCCAAUAUCCCUAAUCAUACUCCUAUAAUCAAUGCUCUUGAGACGUACAGUCUCGUUUCCACCCAGCCUGCAACUUCUGCGAAUGACGUUGAAGCUCUUAGAGAGGUGGGGAAAGCGUUAUCCCUCAAAAACUGGAUUUCGGAUCCUUGCUUUGGUUUACCUUGGCAAGGAAUCAUCUGUAAAAACGUCUCCAGCACUAUAAGGAUUUCCAAAAUAAACUUGUCGGGAAGGCAUCUGCGAGGACCCAUACCUCCAAGUUUUGGAGAGUUAGAUGAACUCGUUUCAAUGUCCCUUGACAACAACUAUUUUAAUGGAACAUUGCCCAAUUUGACUAGUCCCUUGAAGCUAGAGAUAUUGAAUAUCCAACACAAUAGUUUAACUGGACAACUUCCUGAAUGGAUAUCUAAAUUGUCAAGCCUUGAAGAGUUAUCAAUCAACAACAAUUAUUUCAAUGGAAUGUUGCCCAAUUUGACUGAACUCUCCAAAUUAGAAAUUUUACAUCUCCAAAAUAAUUAUUUAUCUGGUAAACUCCCAGAUUGGUUAUCUGGACUUCCUCGCCUCAAAGAAUUAAAUAUAUCCAACAAUAAUUUCAAAGGUGUCAUUCCAGAGCAACUUCUCAACAAAAAGAAUUUAGCAUUCGAUUUCAGUGGCAACAAACACCUUUGCCAGACAAAGCGUGAGUGUCGUGAUCACCCUUCUUCGAAGACAGUGAUUGCGCUUGGAGUAGUUGGAGGCCUAAUUUUAACCGCCAUUUUAGUGGGUAUUAUUGUCAUGUAUCGAAUGAAAUUGAAAAGUGCUUGCACUCAGCCGAGCCCUCUUGAUUAUCUGAUGGUCAAUGUAGCAAAUUCUUCAAAAUCUCGCGCCUUUACUCUUGAGGAAAUGACGAGGGCGACAAAUAAUUUUACCCAUAAAAUUGGACACGGGUCGUUUGGAACUGUUUUCUUGGGGAAAUUGGAGGAGGGGAAGCAAAUUGCUGUAAAAGUACUAUCCGUUUUCUCCAAACACGGAAUUGACCAGUUCUUGAAUGAGGUUCAUCUUCUGUCCAAAAUCAAUCAUAAGAAGCUGGUUUCAUUUCUUGGUUAUUGUAUAUGUAAUGAAUCCAGAGACCUUAUGCUUGUGUAUGAGUAUAUGUCUGGAGGGUCUCUCAGUGACAACCUUUACGAUCCAGAGGCACCAAAAUAUCCCCAACUAGACUGGAAAACCAGGCUUAAAAUAGCUUUGGAUGCCGCAGAAGGGCUGGAAUAUCUCCACGUAGGUUGCAGUCCAAAAAUAAUUCACAGAGAUGUUAAGACCUCCAACAUUCUUCUAGACAGUAAUUUGAAUGGCAAACUGGCUGACUUCGGUAUUUCAAGAGUGACAGGAAAUGGGGAAACUUCUCAAGUCAAUACAACUAUAAAAGGAACUCCUGGAUAUUUAGAUCCAAUGUAUUAUAAAACUCAUAUCUUGACAGAUAAGAGUGACGUGUAUAGUUUUGGCGUCGUUUUGUUUGAGCUUAUAUGUGGCCGGAAACCCAUAGAUUUAGAAGUAUCUACCGAAAAAAUAUUGUUGACUGAAUGGGUUGCAUCUUAUGCGGGAGCAGAUAGAAGUGGGGCCAACAGUCAAGAAAUAGUUGACAAAAGGUUGGGCAACCGCUACAAUAUGAAAUCCAUCGUUCAUUUGACCAAGCUAGCCUGGAGAUGUAUUGCAAGCGAGCCUUCCGGUAGACCAAGCAUUAGUGAGGUUGUGGCGGAGAUCAAAGAAGCUGUGACAUUUGAGGAAGAGUAUUAUCGAGUUCCAGAUGAACUGUCACUCACGUUCAGUGACAGUUAUAAUAGGUUUGAAAGGGAUAGUCCAUAAUAAUGUAGAAGUAUCCUGAGUUCAGUAGUGUGGUUUCGAAAAUUGUAAAAGUAAAUUUCUUCGAGUUUGAAGCAACAUGUUUUUUAAACCUUAGAAGGUGGAGGAAGUCAACCUCUCUAUAUUUAACGUAGAUAUAUUGCUUUGUGAGA